AAGUGCAUUUUCGGUCUAGAAAAAUAGGAACAACGAAUUCAAUCAGCGCAUUUAGUAACCAAUUCUUUUCUUGCGUUCAUCAACCAGCAGCGCUGUCGGCCAGUGGCCAAAGCAACUGCAGCAUUUUAUAUAGCUUGCAUCCGGGGUGUGCAGCUUGAAUAGGAAAGCAAGUGCAUUGCGUUAUGUGCAACUAGUGGCGUCGAUUUGGGGCUACUGCAAAGCAGUUCAAGGCAACGGUAGCUGGAGUUUUGAUCCGGAUACAGGUCGGGUGCGGCAGCAGGCGGUACGCAUCAUAAUCACGCGCACACUAACUCAGAAAUCCGCAUCUUAGUUGUCUUUCUAUGGCAACAUGAACCUGGAGUCGCUAUUUCGUGACUUCAAUCCGUGCAAAUUCAUUGUCCACUGCAGUCUGUUUACAUUCGUGACUCUCCUUGCUCUGCGUUUGGACGGCUUUAUAGAUUGGCCUUACUGGGCCAUAUUUACACCGCUGUGGAUAUGGAAAGCCAUUGCCAUAUUGGGCGCUACUAUUGGCGCAAUUGUUUGGUGUCGUUAUCCACACUAUCGCCUCGAAGGUGAUUCGUACACUCAAUUCAAGGCCAUGCUUAUCUCGCUGUCCUUGCACCUGAUAUUGCUGAUGUUUGAGUUACUGGCCUGCGAUAAGCUCACAUCGGAACGUCAUCUGUGGGUGCUGGUCUUUAUACCGUUGAUCUUUGGCUCAGUUGUGAGCGUGGGCGCAUGUGUCUGGGCCGUCAAGCACGAUCGCUCCUUUGAAUUGGAACUCUUUUUGGCCGUUAAUGCCCUGCAGUUUGUCUCAUUGCCACUGAAGCUAGACAAGUUCGUCUACUGGCAAUGGGAGGUGGUCUUUGUGCCCAUGUGGAUUGUGAUAUGCCUGAGCUUAGUUAGUGUGCUGUACAAUAUAAUAUUCUGUGGAAUAAUGAUGCGCACACCAGAGGUGUCGCUGCAGCAGAAGAAAGCGGCACUGAAUGCUGCUGUUGGCAAUAUUUGCACGGUUCUGCCUCUGCUCUGCUUUCAGGUUGUCAUUUGUGACAAGCUGGAUGGCGAGCUGAAGUUCCCCUACAUUGUGGUGUUCUCGCCGCUGCUCGUCUCCAUACUUUCCCUGAUCAUCCUCAGCUUCAGCGCCAAAGGCGGCAAUAUGUGGUGGUUUGGCAUACGCAAGUCCUUCAGCCAAUUCCUUCUCUCGGCGAUGCCAUUUCUCCAAGAAUACGGCAACAUUAGCUACCAUGCUGAGACGCACAGCAACGCUGGUCAAUCGGUGCCAUUGGACGCCUCAUCCUCGUCCACCAGCAAUGCGGCCGCUGCCGAGCAGUUACACGAGUUCAGCAAGCACGACAAGAAAAGCAAGAAGGCGGCGAAGAAUGAUAGCAUGAAACCUGUGGUGCCAUUUAUUAGCAUCGAUUUGCCAGACUAGAACAGAUAUAUACAUAUGUGUAGCUAUUAUUAUUAUUGUCACAGCCACAAAUUCUUCUCACAUUUAUCCCCAUACACACACAACCUGCAUACAACAUAUUUACACUCUCGCGCAUGCAGUCUUUAAAGCUAUACACAUACAUACAUACGUGUAGAAAAAAGAACUUAAUAGUUAAGUGGAGAAUAUUUUUAGGCAUACGCAUACAAAAGUCGAUCGUAGUGGUAGUUUCGUACUGAAUUUUUACUAUAAGCUAUCGCCCACACUGCUAAUCGCAAAACAAAUACACACGUCUAUACAUGUCUGUAUAAAAAUAUAUAUUUUUGGGCAGCACGCACCCAGGCUUUUGGGCAGAUGUGCUUGCGAUCCCCUCAUUUGCGUGCAUAACCAUAACGGAUAUGUGUAAUACAUACAUAUUUUGGGGUAUGAUUUGUUUGUCACCAACUACUUACUCUUAAAGAAAUGAUUUGUAUAAUUUUACCAUAUCUGCAAUAUUUUGAUUUACAAAUACAAUAACAACUAUGCAACAUUGUAGUUGCAACCUUUUA